AGAGUCAUCGCGACAGGUUUGUCUAAAUUUAAAACGUGUGUUCGGACAGAGCUGUAGAUUGACCUCCCGUCUCUUCUUCGUUGGUGUUGAGCAGUAAACUGCUGUCAUGGUUAAGCUGAUGGACGAUGAGGUGUUCAAGGCCUUCACCACAUAUGCUGCUGUGGUCAUCAUCAAGAUGCUGCUGAUGGCUCCGAUGACGGCUUUCUACCGCUUCUCCAGAGGAGUACGUAACGAACACUCCUGUUUAUAUUCUGACAUUCUUGACAUGAAACAGGAAGUAGACGUAUCAGUCCUCCACUGUUACGCGCUCUCUGUACAUUCUCUUUGGCUUGUGUUUGUUAUGUACCUGAUGUUGAUGUUGUUGCUGUUUAGGUGUCAUCAGAACGACCUGGAGAACAUCGUUCCCUUCGUGGUCAUCGCUCUGCUCUACACCCUGACAGGACCCUCUCUCUCCAGCGCUCUGCUCCACUUCAGAGUCUUCGCCGGCUCCAGAAUCUUCCACACCCUGUCCUACGUGUGUGUUCUGCCUCAGCCAUGCAGAGCUCUGUCCUGGAUGAUCGGCAUGCUCAGCACCUUCUCCAUGGCCUACCGAGUGCUUAGCUCCGUCCUGGUCCUGUAGAGACCUGGACCUGCUCGGCUAGUUCCUGGUGCUGUAGAGAUCUGGACUUGCUCGGCUAGUUCCUGGUCCUGUAGAGACCUGGAACUACUCGACUUAGCCCUGGUCCUGCAGAGACCUGGACCUACUCGACUUAGCCCUGGACCUGCAGGGUUCCGUCCUGGUCUUGUAGAGACCUGGACCUACUCGACUUAGCCCUGGACCUGCAGGGUUCCGUCCUGGUCUUGUAGAGACCUGGACCUGCUCUCCUUCCUCUCAUUCCUUCAUAAUUCAGUUUGAUGUAACUUCUGCUUUUUUAAGUUCUGUAUGUGUUCGUCAUGUUCCGACCUGCAGAUCUGUUGUCAUUGUAAACGUGUUUAAAUAAAGUUUUAUAUCAGA